AUGUCAUUCACUGGAUUUUACGGAAAGAUUCCCCAUAGUAUUGGGAAUCUUUCGAAUCUGCGUACUCUAAGUUUGGAAACUAUGGACACCAGAGGAGGAGACUAUUCAGGGCCGAAGCUGGAUGUCGAUAGUCUUGAAUGGUUGUCAGGGCUUUCGAAAUUGGAGUAUCUAAGCAUGAAUCAUGUGAACCUGAGCAGAGCAACCAAUUGGCCUCAGCAGGUGAUCACUAAACUCUACUCUUUAGUCGAGUUGCAUUUGAGUGGAUGUAAUCUUAAUUAUAUGGCUCCUCUGAAUGAUGUAAAUAAUAUUAGUCAUUCUCAUAUAGCCAUUCUUGAUAUAUCCUCAAAUUACUUGGAUGGCGAAUCUUACGGCAUCAUCCCUCCGUGGAUUUUUCAAUUCAACAACCUUAUCUAUCUUGAUAUGAGUUCCAACACAUUGGAAGGCCCAAUUCCAACAAUGAGCAAUACCACAAAACUCAAAGACAUUGAUCUCUCCAAUAACUAUUUGAAUUCAAGCAUUCCACAGUGGCUCUACUAUAUGAGUCUGGCAGCCAAUUUGUUUAUCAGAGAUGGGAUUUCCAAUUCCAUAGCAAAUCUGACAUCUCUCAGUACCCUUGAUUUAAGUCAAAACCAACUUUCUGGGAAAAUACCAAGAGAAAUUGCAAACUUGUGCAAUAUUCAGACCUUGAAUUUAUUUGGUAAUAAUUUCGGGGGAGAGAUAUCGGAUUCAUUUGGAAACAUGUCAGAUUGUUUUCUAGGAGCUCUGGAAGACUUAGAGCUAUCAGGCAAUCAGCUCUCUGGUCAUCUGCCUCAUCAAUUUGGAGAAUUUAGGAGUCUUCGAUCCUUGAGUCUUGACUACAACUCAUUCUCUGGUGUAAUUCCAGAUGAAUUAGGGAACUUGCUUUCCCUUGAAAAUUUAAGCUUGCAUAAUAAUAAAUUGAGGGGGAACUUACCAGAGAGUAUAGGGAAACUUGUGAACUUGAGAAUGCUUUGGAUAGAGAAUAACAUGUUGCAAGGGGUUGUGACUGAAACCCACUUUGCCAAUCUCUCUAAUUUAAAAGUCUUGUAUGCCUCUGGAAACCACUUGAGUUUGAAAGUCAACCCAAAUUGGAUUCCACCAUUCAAACUAGAGUCGCUUUAUCUAGGGUAUUGGGACGUGGGAUCAGACUCUCGAAUUCCGUUAUGGCUUGAGACUUAG